AAGAAUUAUAAGAAACCAAAGAUUCAGUACCAUCGAUCUUCUCAACUACUUCUCUCUCUUCUCUCUUUCUCUAUAUUAUUAUACUAGUACUCUCUUCCUAUCACAAAAAGAGAAAACCCUAAAAAACAGAAGUAAAAACACCUCUCGUACGAACAAACAGAAGUACCAUACUUAUAAACUACAAGAAAAAUUGGAUAGUUGUCUUAGUUCUUGCUCUCCAUCUCCAUGGAUUCAAUCCAAGAAAUGGACAACUCAAACACUGAAAACGCAGGAAGCCUCACCCCAAACCUAGCCACACCCAACAAGAACUCAGUUAUUGCAGCCCCUUCUUCAUCGUCUCCAUCGCCAACAAGUUCCAGCCGCUACGAGAACCAGAAGCGACGCGACUGGAACACCUUUGGUCAAUACCUUAAAAACCACAGGCCUCCUCUUUCUCUUUCUCGCUGCAGUGGGGCACACGUCCUUGAAUUUCUUCGUUACUUGGAUCAGUUUGGCAAGACCAAAGUCCACACCCCUAUCUGCCCUUUCUAUGGACACCCAAACCCUCCUGCUCCUUGCCCCUGCCCUCUCCGCCAGGCAUGGGGCAGUCUCGACGCGCUCAUCGGCCGUCUACGCGCCGCCUUUGAAGAAAACGGUGGGAAACCUGAGGCUAACCCAUUUGGUGCACGCGCUGUGCGGCUUUAUCUUCGUGAGGUUCGUGAUUUGCAGUCUAAAGCAAGAGGGAUUAGCUAUGAGAAGAAGAAGCGUAAGCGUCCACCUCAGCAGCAACAAAUUCCACUUCUCCCACCACAACCAGGUGCAAGUUAAACAUAUGAUGGAAGAAGAGAAAAUAAAGAAAAUCCGUAAGCAAGAAGUUUUCACAGUAUGGUCUGUUGUAGUUUCUACUUCUUCUUAUCUUCUUGUUGCUUGAUCUAUGUGGGGUAUUUUCUUAUUUCUGGUUAUUAUGAGUUAGUAUUAUGGUACUUUAGUACAUGUAGAAUUAGUCUACUUGUUUUCUCUGUUGUCGUCUGUCUGUUUGGUUUGACAGUAAGCAAAUGGUUAGAUCUGGAGAUACCUUUGAAUCUGCUUUCGAUGCGAACAGUGAUGGUGUUACCAGUAGGAGACUAGUAGUUAAAUACUCUAAAAGUGGUAGUAGGAUUAAUUGUACUAGCAGUUAUUGUCCAUGUGAAACCGAGAGAGCAUCUAAUUGCCCUCCUCGUUUUAUGUACUUGAAUAUUCAUCUAUGUCAAGUAUUAGAUUUGCAGAUUAUAUAUGUA